UUCUCCACUCCCUGCAUUACCUGACUGUGGCAGUGUCGGAGCCCAGCCCGGGAAUCCCCCAGUACAUGGAAAUUGGGUUUGUGGAUGGGAUCCCCUUCACGCGCUAUGACAGCGAGAGGGGCCGGAUGGAGCCACUGACAGAGUGGGUAAAGGAUUCAGCUGAUCCGGAAUAUUGGGAGAGGAACACCCAGACUGGUGUGAGGAACCAGCACACGGCUGCCAGGAACCUGGAGACACUGCGGGAGCGGUACAACCAGAGUGGGGGUCUCCACACGAAGUUGCGACGCUGUGUCCGUCAUCGCUGCCAUCCUCAUCCUCAUCGUCCUCAUCGGAUUCGGUGUCUGGAAGCUCCAAUCCGGGAGGAGGGACAGGAAUGGAUACAACCAGGCAGCCGGAAAAGACAUGGGAAUGAACGGCUCCACUGCAGCAGGAAUCGCCGCCUGAGCAAUCCAUGGAGUUGGAUCUGGCCCCUUGCCUCUUCCCUGGAAAGCUGCGAGCUGCCAGGAGAGCUCAUCCCGCUGCUCCCACCCACCCCACAGCUCUUGCUAACAGAUCCAUUUCCCAUUUUCCAAUGUUUUAAAGGCAAGAACCACAAAUAUUCACAAUGCUUCACUUCUGGUGUGAAACUAUCCUGCUUUGGGCAAUAAAUCUGGGUUCCCUCCUCCA